AUGGCAGCAUCAAUCAUGGAAGCCAAGGAGAUGAAUGCAGAGAGCUUGAAGCCAGCGCUUGUCCGGGCCGAUGAGGAAAUAGGGGAAGGCAGUACGGACAAGAUCGAAGUGGAGGUGGACGAUGUCGAGAACACAAAUGAGGAGUUUAGUUACGAAUCUAAUCGCUCUCCUUUUCCAGAAGUGCGAGCAGUCGUGCCCGAGACCGACGACCCUACCAUGCCGGUCAACACUGUCCGGAUGUGGGUGCUGGGCAUAGUGUUUACUAUCCUCGGGUCUGGCAUUAAUCAAUUUUUCUCGCUGCGAUAUCCAUCUGUGCACAUUGUUGCGCUGGUCGCAGAAUUACUGGCUUAUCCACUUGGGGUUUUCCUUGCAAAAACCCUGCCGUUAAAGUCCAUCCGCCUUGGGGCCUUGGGAAGCUUCGUGAUCAAUCCAGACCGGCACUUCAAUAUCAAGGAACAUGCGCUCAUCGUGAUUAUGAGCAAUGUAUCUUUUGGCUUUGCGACUGCCGAUGCCACAAACAUCAUCCAGGCCGCCAGCCCUUCAUUCUACAACUUCAAGCUCAAACCCGGCUUCUAUGUGAUGAUCGUGCUGUGCGCCCAGCUACUGGGAUUUGGCGUGGCCGGGUUAUCGGCGCCAUGGCUAGUGGAGCCUGCCCGGAUCAUCUGGCCUGGUGUGUUAUCCAAUUGCGCUAUGUUGGAAACCUUGCACUCCCGAGCAAAUUCGAUUGCCAAUGGCUGGCGUAUCUCGCGUCUGCGAUUCUUCAUGUACGUCAUGGCCGGUGCAUUCGUUUGGUACUUCUUCCCGGGCUUGAUGUUUACGGCUCUCUCAUAUUUCACGUGGGUCUGCUGGAUCGUGCCGAAGAACGUGGUUGUCAAUCAGCUAUUCGGAAUGCAAACUGGCCUGGGGCUUAGCCCAAUUACUUUUGACUGGAGCCAGAUAGCUUACAAUACAAACCCGCUCUUGUCACCGUCGUGGGCAGCGAUCAACGUCUUUCUCGGCUUUGCAUUUUUCUACUGGAUCAUCGUCCCGAUCCUAUACUACAAGAAUAUCUGGUUCACGGCUUAUCUCCCCCUCAUGACCAGCGAUGUAUACGACAACACAGGGGCGGUCUUUGACACGGCGCGAGUCAUCGCGGCAGACAAUACCCUCGAUGUCGCUGCAUAUCGCAAGUAUUCGCCGCCAUACCUGGGCGCCACGUUCGCGUUUGUAUACGGCCUCUCUUUCGCCUCCAUCACUUCUGUACUCACGCACAUCGGAAUCUGGCAUGCCAGCGACCUCUGGGCUGCGAUGAAAGGCCGCAAUAGACUCGAUAUCCACGCACGGCUUGUCCGAGCCUCCUACCGCAAAACCCCAUGGUACUGGUAUGCUGCUAUUAUCGUCGUCAUUAUGGCCAUGGCCAUCGCAAUGGUGGAGGUCUACCAAACCAAGCUACCUGUUUAUGGCGUCUUUUUGGGCCUCAUCAUCCCCGCCCUCUAUAUGAUACCCUGCGGCAUUGUGCAGGGCAUUACCAAUGUCGAUGCAAAUCAGCUUAAUGUGCUGUCCGAGUUCAUAGGGGGAUAUCUCUUCGAAGGCAAGCCGCUGGCAAACAUGAUCUUCAAAAUCCUGUCCACCGACGUCGUUGGCCAGGGCGUCUAUUUUGCCAUGGACAUGAAACUUGCGCACUAUUUGAAAGUGCCGCCACGCACAACCUUUAUCGCCCAGGGCCUGGCGACAAUCCUUGGUGCUCUCACUCAAGCUGGUGUCACGCUGUGGAUGCUGGGCAACAUCGAUGACAUCUGUCAGUCUGACCAGUCAGAUGGGUUUACUUGUCCCAAUGGCCGAACUGUCUACUCUUCAUCUGUAAUUUGGGGUCUCGUCGGGCCGCGGCGGCUCUACUCGGUGGGCCAGAUCUAUUCCGGUCUGUUGCAUUUCUUCUGGAUUGGCGCUGUAGCUCCAGUGGUGACCUGGCUGCUGUACCGGUAUACCAGGCAGCGGUUUUGGAAGCUAAUCAACUGGCCCCUCAUCUUUGUGGGGACGUAUAAUGUUCCUCCUGCAACCGGCAUCAACUAUUCCAGCUGGGCAUUGGUCAACUUCAUCUUCAACCAUAUCUUGAAGCGUCGUUUCUUCGCCUGGUGGACGAAGUAUAACUACGUCUUGGCUGCCGCGCUGGAUACGGGCCUCGCACUCAGCGGCAUUGUCAUCUUCUUCUGCAUUUCAUACCCUGGAGCCACCUUCCCUGAUUGGUGGGGCAAUACUGUGUAUUUGAACACGGCGGAUGGCCAGGGCGUCGCCUACAAAGCGAUGCCCGAGGUUGGUUAUUUCGGGCCUGCGAAUGGGACGUGGAGUUGA